AUGAGGCAUGGGGCAGAUGCUCAAAUGAUGAAUGUUGCAAUCAGGUGUGCCAGCACAAGUGUUGCACAGGGGUCGUCUGGUGGCUUCUGGACCUGGUUGACUGGUGCGCGCUCAAAUGAAAUACCUCCUCCAGAUUUCACACUUCCGGGCAUGACUAUUCCUCCUACGCUACCUGAUCAUGUGGAGGCUGGCAAGACAAGAGUCACAACACUUCCCAAUGGUGUUAAAAUAGCCUCUAAGACAUCUGCAGGAUCAUCUUGCUCUGUUGGAGUUUAUGUUGAUUGUGGUUCUGUAUACAAAGCACCUGAAACAACAGGUGCCAGUCAACUGUUGAAGACGAUGGCCUUCGCAACCACUGCCAACAGGAGCGAAUUGCGGGUUGUGCGUGAAAUUGAGGCAAUAGGUGGUAGUGCCAAAGCAUCUGCUGGCCAUGAGAUGAUGAACUACACUUACGGGGCCCUGAAGACUUACAUGCCUAAAAUGGUUGAGGUGCUUAUUGAUUGCGUACGCAACCCUGCUUUUCUUGAUUGGGAGAUUUUGAGGCUAAAGGCAGAGAUUGCGAAAUCAUCAAGUAAUCCUGAAAAAUUCCUUUUGGAGGCUCUUCAUUCUACUGGCUAUUCUGGUGCUUUAGCAAACCCACUAAUUGCGUCAGAAUAUGCAAUUAGCAAAUUGAAUGCAGAUGUCCUGGAGCAAUUUAUAAUUGAGAACUACACUGCUCCCCGAAUUGUUCUAGCUGCAUCAGGUGUUGAUCAUGAUGAAUUGGUAUCUAUUGCUGAACCCCUUCUGUCUGACAUUCCCAGUGUAUCUGGAACAACAAGGCCUUUUUGUUUUGUUAGCACUUGA